GAAAGCGGUGACGUCGGCGCGUGUUGUACCGCCUCUUACUACUGCCUUAUAAGCGUCCUCCCCCCUCCCUGCUCCUUGUUUCCUAGAGCCGGUGUCUGAUGGAGGCAUAACACUGAACACCGACUCUCUGUUUAUAUCCUACAACUGUUUACAAAACAUUACGAAGAACAGCCGUGUUUUCGCGAACUCAGAUACCGGACAGGACGAAGUCUUUUUUGCUAUUUCUCUGGAUUCUCUAACGGCUUUUCUUCUCUCCGGAUGAGAGGAUCCCGACCGCAUUCUUGUUCAUGCAACUUGGACUUUAAGCUCUACACCGGAGACGGGAGACUAUCGGAAUAAAAACACACACACGUCGUAGGCCUGUGGUGGAUAUCCUUCAAGGAAUGCUGCUGUCCAAGCUCAACUCUCUAGCCCACAUCUCCACCGUAGACAUGCCGGCGAAAAUCCAGCUCCAAGUUCACCAAGUGAAGGAGAAGGAGCCUUUCGAGAAGCUUUACCAGGUCGGAGCGGUGCUGGGCAGCGGAGGCUUCGGCACCGUCUACUCCGGGACCAGGGUCUCUGACGGAGCUCCGGUCGCUGUCAAACAUGUGGCCAAGGACAGAAUCUCCGAGUGGGGAGAGCUGCCUAAUGGCUCCAGGGUUCCUAUUGAGAUCGUGCUGCUGAAGAAAGUAGGGACUGGCUUCCGAGGCAUUAUCAAGAUGCUGGACUGGUUCGAGCGACCGGACAGCUUCAUCAUCGUGAUGGAGAGGCCCGAGAACGUCAAGGACCUGUUCGACUUCAUCACGGAGAAAGGUGCCUUACCGGAGGAGCUGGCGCGGAGCUUCUUCCGCCAGGUGCUGGAGGCGGUGCGCCACUGCCACAACUGUGGAGUGGUGCACCGGGACAUCAAGGACGAGAACAUCCUCAUCGACCUCCGCACCGGAGAGAUGAAGCUCAUAGACUUUGGAUCUGGAGCUCUACUCAAAGACACCAUAUACACAGACUUUGAUGGCACAAGAGUGUACAGCCCGCCAGAGUGGAUCAAAUAUCACCGCUAUCAUGGGCGCUCUGCUACAGUUUGGUCCUUGGGGGUCCUCCUGUAUGACAUGGUGUGUGGGGACAUUCCUUUUGAACACGAUGAGGAGAUCACAAGAGGGCAGGUGCUCUUCCGGAGGAGAAUCUCAUCAGAAUGCCAGCAGCUGAUCAAGUGGUGUCUGUCUCUGCGGCCGGCCGAUCGUCCCUCCUUCGAGGACAUCAUCAAUCACUCGUGGUUGCAGAACACGUCCUCCUCCGUCGUCCCCUCCACGGUGCAGACGGAGAAGACCACGGAGCUGCGGCUGCACAGCAUCAGCCACGAGCCCACGGCCUUCACCCCCACCCCUGUGGCCGUGGCUCGGUGAUGGAGGCCCGCGUACAGCUCCCAGUCCGGGCUGCUCCGGUCCCAACUGGACUGCACUGACACAAGAUUACAAAAGACUUUAUGUAACAGACUUGAAGCAGAGAGGAGGAGGGCGACGGCCCCGAAAGCACGUCGUAAAGGACUACACAGUCAAAACCAUCAUGUCAGGCUAGAGCCUCUCCACCCUCACCACCCUUAACUACUUGAUUUCUAGAACACCACCCUGGAUCUAGACCACGGGUGUUUGUUGAUCAGUCUGUAGGAGGGCUUGCUCUGUAUGCACGGACACCUGCGUUGUAAACACCAGCGUGCUGCUGUGCUAAAUUGCAAGUGGACAGUGUGUUACAUAACCUCGCUGCACCGCCUCUAUCUCUCUCUCUCUCUGUGUCGCAGCAGAGUGAGACGAGCAUAGGCGGCGAAGAGAUGAUUUUCAAAAAGUGCCUUCUGUGAGAUUGUCGGGGAGGACCCUGAAAAUACUUGAAUUUGUGAAAGCAAAAAAAGGCUUCUCUGAGACCUUUUUUUUUGCUCCUUACUCUGUACAAGGCUUUAUAUUCUUUAUUGCUGUUUUUUUUUCCUCUCAUGGGCCUAGAUCAGUGAAGCCCAUGUCAUUUACAGCCACUACGUCUACUACUCCAAUGUCAUUAGCAACCAGACGACCUCAUAGCUCCGGCAGCAACCUGUGCAAACAAAUCAUAAACAGAAACACUGGACUUACCUCACUCUCUUUACUACAGCAUCCACCUCUACUCUACAACCUCCACUUCCUCUUCUUGUCGUGUUGUGCUGUACACAAACACGACUCUUUACCUUCACAUCCACCUGAAUGCACACCACAAUGCAAACCAUACCGAGAUACAACAUCCUCUGCUCUUCACUUCAAUUAUUCUUUUAUUUUUUUAUGUUCAAACAGUGCCUCACACAGGUCUUAAAAUUCAGUGGGGACAUGAAUUGUAAAUAAUAAUGAUAUUUAUUAUUAUUGUUGUGACUUCUCUCUCACACUCAAUGAGCGCAGAAUUUAUUUAUUUAUUUAUGAGAGAAUUUCGGCUGUUUGUAUGUAUUUCAUUCCACAGUCACUGAAGGGCCCACAGAUUAUUUAAAAAAAAAGACAAACAAAGAUUUUUCUGACCAUAUUUAUGGCUUGAAAUUUUUAAAAGAGCAGACGUGUGCGUGUAUGUUUGUGUAUGUAAUGUAAAUAAUGUGUAAAUAGUCCCGAAAGCACUUCCAUCUUAAUGUAUGUAAACAUUGAACGUCUACUGAUGGUAACUGGUUUUGUUACACUGUCGUCUGCUGUCUGAGAGAGAAUUAUGAAUGUUGGAUGGAUGUGUGUAUGUGAAUGUUUGGGUGUGUGUGUGUGUGUGUGUGUGUGUGUGUGUGUGUGUGUGUGUGUGUGCAUGUGUGUGGGAAAGAGAAAACUUCUGGUUUCAUGAUUGCAGCUUGGAUUGUUUUUUCAUCCAGUUAAAUUAGAAUUGUAAAUUAUGUUAGAUUAACUAUUUUUAUACGAUUUCAAUAAAUAUUUUUUUAACUAUGA